ACUACGGUUCCCCAACUCUGCAAUUCGAUGAGUCUCCUUAAUGCUACUCAAACCAACUCAGUUUAUUCUCUGGCUUUCACGACCAAAGCUCAGUCAUGUUGCCUCUCUGGGAGGACUCUAACGGACUCGUCUUUCAUGCCAUGCUUCAAAUCUCUACAAUUUCAGCAUUUCUGUGUUAAUCUGAAUGCGGUAUAUGGUAAUGGGUUUCGGGUGUGCGCUUCGAAGAAGCGAGGACAGGCUAGAGGUGUUGGCAUUGCGGAGGCCGACGAUUUUGAUGAGGAUGGUGGGGACAGUGAUUAUGAUUUGGAGGACUUUAGUGAUGAGGAGGAUGAGGAUGUGGACGAUGACGGAGUGGUUAUGCCGUUUGAACAGAUGAGGAAAUGGCUGAAGAAUAAGCCUCGGGGUUUUGGUGUAGGUAAGGAAUAUGACACUUCUAUUGAGGAUAAGCUGCUUGAUGAAAUACGCAAGAGCAGAGAAGCACAAGCCGCUAAUCUGAAUCAGCUUAAGAACAAUCCCACCAUGCCUGGCGUCAAAAAAGAUGAAGAGAAGAAAGCCCAGGAGGUUAAAAGUGGAGCUCAAGUGCGCUUGGUGAGCUUGCCAAAGAAGAGGAACAUCCAUAGGGAUCUUAAAUUUGCUUUCCAAGGGAUUCCUGGCAUAGUUGAUAUAGUCCCAGCUGUUUCUGGUAACAAGAAGACCAGGGACCCUGUUUGCAAGGGCUUUGCAUUUGUUUAUUUCAAGUGCGAAGAGGAUGCUGCUAGGUUUGUGCAACUGUACUCUGGGCAAACUGUUAGCUUUGGUAAAAUUCAAAAGCGGAUAAAGUGUGAGCUUCUGAAUGAAAUGUCUCCAGUGUCUGCUAGUCUGGAAUCAAGCCAAGAUCAUACUAAUGCAGCUACACCACAGCUCAUAGUGCCAGCCAUAGAAGAAAGCUCAAAUGAGGAUUCCAAUAUGGAUAAUUCUGCAUCCAGUUCUUGGGAUGAGACUGCUUCUAGCUCCGAUGAAUUGGAUGCCAAAUCCAGAACAGAGCGGGUUGAAGAGAAUGAAGACUAUGCAGCAACUCUGAAUGCAGAUGAUGCUGAUGAUGGUGUGGAACUACAGAUUGACUCUGAAAUUGAUUCACCGUCCUUGGAGCAGAAGUCACCCGCCAAACCUAAACGAGCGAAUGCUGCUAAGAAAAAGCCACCUUCCAAGGAGAAAGUUAAGAAGGUUCCUAAGUUAGAGGUUUUGGGAUCUGCAAAGAGGUUAAAGAUAAAGGAGAAGGCAGUUUUAAGUGACGUUUUCUCCAAAUACGGAUCAAAAGCUGCUUUUGCUUCAAAGGAUGGUUAAGGGGAACUAAUUGCCAUGGCCAAAUACUGCUGGGACUAGAUCAUCACCUGAAGUGUGGACUGUACAAAGAAACAAACUUGAAUGAUGAAUGAGGGAUGGGAUAGUCUCCUUAGUUCCACGUUGUAACUCUAUGUAUUAGAUCUUAUUUCAAUCAAAAUUUACUGAAUAUCAUGGCAAAAAAAAUGUAAAUUUAAGCUCAAUUCCAUUUAUUCUGAAAUUCUAUGAGCUUUUUGCCAUUUCGUAA